AUAGGCUACCAAUGAUCAUUAUUAUCCAGAAACUAAAAUUACUGCUCGGGGUAUAGUAUCUUGAUUGCCCACUUGUCCAUUUUCAGAAUGUCAUACGAGCAGGGUUGCUGAAAGGUCUCUGUUCUGUCCAGGAUGAAAGUGCUGGUCUUGUAGUUUCUGUUGUGGAUCCUCAACCAGGUGAGGAAAUUAUCGAUUGUUGUGCUGCUCCUGGAGGAAAGACCCUUUACAUGGCAUCUCGUUUGAGGGGCAAAGGCAGAGUGCUAGCAAUCGACAUAAACGAUGGCCGGUUGAGAAUUCUUGGAGAGACAGCCAAGAUGCAAAAAGUCGAUGACGUUUACAACAAUCCACGCCGACCUUCGUACUUUUUCUAACAAUAGCACGAUGAAAUCUGAUAAGGUUUUGUUGGAUGCUCCUUAUUCUGGACUGGGUGUUCUCUCCAAGAGAGCAGAUUUGCUUUGGAAUAGAAAACUAGAAGAUUUGGAACGGCUUAAGAAUCUGCAAGAUGAACUCCUUGAUGCAGCUUCCACAUUGGUGAACCAGGGAGGAGUAUUAAUAUACAGUACUUGCUCCAUUGACCCCGAAGAGAACGAGGACAGGGUCGAUGCAUUUCUUGUCAGGCAUCCUGAAUUCAGAAUAGAUCCUGUGGAUAGAUACGUACCGUCUGAUUUCGUUACAAAACAAGGCUUCUAUUUCUCCGAUCCUGUAAAACAUUCGCUAGAUGCAGCCUUUACAGCUCGUCUUGUUCAGACUUAACGAAGAAAACCCUUUGUGGUCCACACGAGGAGCUCAGCUCGUUGCACUACAAAGUUCUCUCCAUAACACAGAGCCACUGCAGUGAAAGAGCUCAAGCUUACAAAGUGCAACGACCGAUGUAGAUUUUAAUGAUGCUCCAGCACGAUUUCUGGGAGGGCCUUAAGAAGGGGAUGAUAGCUAAUGCAUUAGCUUUGAUAUAUUGCUUCAAC